AUGGCCGAUGGAGCAAAUUGGUAUGAUUACCCAUAUUCACACCAUGUCAAGUCACACCACGUGGCGAUAUUUGUGGUAGUGGUGAUAGUGGUGAUAUUUUUGAUACAUUUCAGACAACGAAUUGCUGCCUGGCAUGAUAGAUUCCGGACCAGAAGACGAAUGAGAUACGCAAGACUUCACGACAAUUUAGGUGGAUUCGAACUGGAUGUUGAAAAUGGUCUAUCAAGUGCCAAUUUCGACCUUCAAUCCAAUAUAGAUAAUGCAAGUGAUACGAGGUCAGGACUCCUGGAAUCAGCAGCUCAAGAGAUACGGCACAUUAUGGAGGAAGAACAUGUUUCAUUUGAUGAAGCACGUUUACGAUACUUCAACAUGGAGCUUGCCGAAAAUGGAAUUGGUGCCGAUGGGGUCCCCACUGAUCGUAAAACGGUCACUUUUAGUCUGUGA